GAGCGGUGCUUCCUGGUGGGCGUGCAGCUCAAGCAGCAGCGCAGCCGCCACGGCUACAGCGUGCGCGCGUCGCUCGAGGAGCUGGGGCGGCUGGCAGACACGGCGGGGCUGGAGGUCAUGGGAUCCACCUACCAGCUGCUGGACGAGAUCAACCCGCGCACCUACAUCGGCAGCGGCAAGGUGCAGGAAAUCAUGGCGGCGGUGGCGAACACGGGCGCCACCACCGUCGUGUUUGACGAUGAGCUCAGCCCGGGCCAGCUGCGCAACCUGGAGCGGGCGCUGGGGGAUGCGGUACGCCUGUGCGACCGUACCGCCCUCAUUCUGGACAUCUUCAGCCAGCGGGCGGCGACGCGGGAGGGCAAGCUGCAGGUGGAGCUGGCUCAGAGCGAGUACCAGCUGCCGCGCCUCACUCGCAUGUGGUCCCACCUGGAGCGCCAGAGCGGUUCGGGCCAGGUGAAGGGCAUGGGCGAGAAGCAGAUUGAGGUGGACCGGCGGCUGCUCAAGGGGCGCAUGGCGCGGCUGCGCAGGGACAUCGAGGAGGUGCGCACCCACCGGCGCGCGUACCGCGAGCGGCGCGCCGCCGCGCCCAUCCCCGUGGUGGCGCUGGUGGGGUACACCAAUGCGGGCAAGUCCACCUUGCUCAACACCCUGACCCAGGCGGGGGUGCUGGCAGAGGACAAGCUGUUUGCCACGCUGGACCCCACCACGCGCCGCGUGGAGCUGCCCGGCGGCAAGGCCCUGCUCUUCACCGACACCGUCGGCUUCAUCCAGAAGCUGCCCACGCAGCUGGUGGCGGCCUUCCGCGCCACGCUGGAGGAGAUCAAGGACGCUUCGCUGCUGCUGCACGUGGUGGAUGUGAGCCACCCCAACGCCGCCGCCCAGAUCGACGCCGUCAACGGGGUGCUGGCGGAGCUGGGGGUGGAGAACAUGCCCACCCUCAACGUGUGGAACAAGGUGGAUGCGUGCGCGGACCCCGAGGUGGUGCGCGCGGUGGCGGCGCGCCGCGAGCAGACGGUGUGCGUCAGCGGGCUGACGGGGGAGGGGCUGGGGGAGAUGCUGGAGCGGGUGUCGGCCAAGCUGCAGGACUCGAUGGUGGCGGUGCACGUGCUCAUCCCGUACGCGCAGGGCGAGCUGGUGGAUGAGAUCCACCGCACAGGGGUGGUGGAGGCGGCGGAGUUUGGUGCGGCGGGGACCGAGGUGCGCGCCUACGUGCCGCUGUCGGUGGCGCAGCGCCUGCAGCCCCUGCGCCUGCAGACGGCGGCGGCGGUCGAGGAGCAGCAGCGCAUAGAGGCGGCGGCGGCGGUGGCGGCGGGGGCGGCACGAGCAGCAGACGCGGCCGGGGCGGCGGCGGAGGCGCCGACGUGAGCGCUGUGCGUGCCAGCCUGGUGCGGACGCUGCGUUUUAGCUCUCAGUGCACUGCCUGUACUUUGGUUGCUUUGUGAUGGGCCCCUUGGCUUUGUAUCAUACGAGACUUGGUGGUGGACCAACCUUGUGGACCUGCAGCAGCUC